CGGUCUUUGACGUCAAAAAUGAGAAACAAAAUUCCUUGAUUAAAUUCUGCGUUCAGUCAAAAUUUUUUAAAAAUUCAUGUGAGUUUUUUUUUUUUUUUGGAAAUUUUAGUGGAAAUAAUCAGCAUGUGUACGGUUUUGGAUCAUCUUAAAAACGUAAUAAACCAAAUUGACGAUGGGUGCUGUUCUGGACCAUGUCCUCCAGCAUGUCCACCUCAAGCUUGUCCUAUGGUUAACUGUAUGCCUUUUGCACAAGUUCUUAUAUCUAAACCACCACCAAUACUGGCCCCAACCAGACCGCAACCUGUUAUACCUUUAAGAUUACCAUGUCCACCAUCCAACAAGCCAAGACAAAUGACAGAAGAGGAGGCUUUGCGAUGGAGAUACUCAAAUUUCUAUAAUAAUUACAACAUAGACUGGCACGCUGACGGACCUGGUUGCAAAAAAGGAGACGGGAAGUGUAGGGCGCCACCAGGAUCUUUCACAGUGUCAGGGGAAAAUCCAUGCUGUCCUCGCCCUUGCUCAGCUCCAUCCUGCCAAGAUUACUGCCCUACAGGAUUCAAAACUUGCACUAUGCGUUUAACGCCCCCACCCUGUUGCGACCCCUGCGGAACGUGGACCGCUGAAAUUCAAAAGUGCCCGCCGAAACCCCGGAAGAAAGUAAGUUAUUGGUACACUCCUGGCCCGUGUACUAGGCCCUGUUGUCUUCACUGGAGGCCCAAAGAGGGGCCCUGUUUGUACGACGCGCCUUGCAAGGCUCACUGUUAUAACCAUCCUCCCGGCAUAAAACCGUCCAGGAAAUAUCCGUGUCCCUAAAUCUCUAUGUUGUUUGUCUAUCAUCUUGUUUUUGUUUUAGCUUUUGCCAUUGCCGUACAUACCGGUCAACAUGAAAGGGUGUUGAAGUGGCUCCGCGAUUUUGUCUUUAGGGUCUAACUUAAAAGCGUUUAGAACUAUUCUAAAUAAGUGGAAACAUUAGCGUUAAGCUUGAUAUCAUCAGACAUUGUAAAUGUGAAUAUGUUGUUACUGUCUUUGUGUAUGUGUACCUAUAUUUAUGAAUUUUUUCGAUUAUGUUUGGCUUUUUUAAGCGAUUAAAGCUACAAUCACGAUA